AUGGCACAUCACCUUAUCUUGUUAUCAUCAACCAUACUUGUUGCACUCCUCAUUCUCUCUCCUCCCACGGCCGCGGCCUCUCCCGUCCUAGACAUAGACGGGAACCCACUCGAAGCAGGCUCACAAUACUAUGUCCUCACUUCAGGCAGGGGAGCAGCAGGCCGCGGUGGCUUAACAGCUGAACCCGAUCUUUACGAUGGCAUUUGCCCUUUGUACGUAGGGCAGUAUUAUAGCUGGACUAAACAAGGUAGCCCCGUGAGUUUCCAUCCUGCAGACCCAUCACAAACACAAGUAACUCUAGGCGAAGACGUCAAUAUUGCCUUCGGACCAAGCUACGUCUGCAGAAACCAAGGGGUGUGGCAGCUCGGUACUACCACUGGUGAAGUAUUCUACUUAACUACCAACGGAGUUAUCGGAAAUGCCUCGAAUAAGGCCGAUUGGUUCAAGAUCGAGCAAGCUGCUUUUGGACCUGGAUCAUACAAGAUAGUUUACUGCUUUGCCACACCUGUUACUGAUAGCAGUUCUCAGACUCAGAGGAGUGAAAACUGUCAGCAGUUCGAUUCUACGGCACCCGGGCCGCCCGGUUCAGACUGGUCCUGGUUAAGUUUCGUGCCCAUUGAUGAUCCUCUUCCCUUCUUUGGGUUUGUGUUCAAGAAGUUUACUAGUACUAGUACUUUUUUGAACCCCAAGUUUACUACUACUAGUAGUUACUCGUAA